AUGGAAAGUAAUAAUAUAAAUGUUGAAAUGGGUCAAGAACCCAUCCCCAGUUUUAAACCUGAAAUUAAUGAGAGAAGCAGGCAAAUAGCAGAAAAUUUGAGAAAAAAUUCGAUUUUAGAAUUGUAUGAUUUAGUUUCAAAUGGGUCUGAUGUGUGUGAUUUAAUGAGUUUUCAGCCAACAUCUGUACAAACUCAAAAAAAAAUGACAAGGCAUCAAGUAUUGGCAAUUCAAUAUUUUAUUCCAUAUGUAAUGAAGCAUUCUUAUAAGUUAGAUGUAGAUGAGAUUCCAGAUAGCAUUGAAAAAACAAAAGAACUAAUUAAAAGAAGUUAUUAUAGUACUCCAGUAAUGGUGGAUUUUGAUGAGAGAAUGCACUUGUUCGUGACAAAAGAUUCGUUUUUAGGAACAAUGAAAAUUUACUUAAUGUCGCCAAAUGGCAAGAAGUUCCCAAUACCAAUAAAAUUUGAUAAAAGAGGAAUCCCAGGGAAUCUUAAUGAGACUAAGAAUGAUAAUUUGAGUAAAAAAAAUAAGGAAAGAAAUUUAUCUUCAAAGUUAACUAAAAGCCACGUAGGACCUCAAAUGGAAAAGGCCAUCAGUAACUAUCUUAAGAAAAAGCAACUAAUUAACGAUAAGAAUAACAAUAAAGGGAAUAAUGGAGUUUGUAUAUCAGAAUUGGACCCAGAAUGUACUUUUCAGCCACAUCUGCGUAAAACACUUUAUGAAAAGUAUAGAAAUGAGUUAGGAGUAAACUCCAUUACAAAGAAUGAUGAAUGCAUGCAAAUGAUAAAGAAAUACUUAUUAUUAGAUAAUAAUGACAAGGACGAAAAGGUGGAGUCAUACUUUAAAUCACUCCAAGAGUGUACAUUUCAGCCAAAUAUUGAGAAAUUCAUUAAAAGAGGAGUACCUAAAGAAUAUUAUUUAAAAAUACAAAAAGAAAAAGAAGAGGAAAUUAAAGAGAUUGAGAGCCAUAAUAAGUUAGAAAUGGUCUUUUUUGGUAAGGAAGAGAAUGAAAAUAAUAUGGAUAAUGAAAGAAUCCAAAGGGAAAGAGAAAAAGCAAUAAAUCGAAUUUUUAGAGAAGAGUGGAAUAAUUCAAUGAAAACAGUUUUCAAUUGUGAACAGAAUAAAAUAUAUUCAAAUAUGAUUCCAAUUACGGAUGAAUUUGAUAGUUCUGAACUAAUGAGUGAAGAAAUGGAAGAGAAAGAUUCCAUUAAAAACUCUAGAUCAUUUAAAAAUAAGUCGAAAGGCCGAAUUAAAUAUGAAUGGGAGACACGUGAACAAGGGCCAAUAUAUGAUAGGGAAUUUAGACAAAGACUUAAAGAAAAGAAGGAGCCAAAUUCCUAUAAAAACACUGAAAAGAUCCAAAAAAAACCAAAAAAAAAAUACAUCCCACCAUAUAAAUGGGAGGAAGAUCUUAGGAAUGAAAGUAACAUGUAUGAUGCUAAGACAAAUUCUGAGUUAAAUAAUAACAAACAAAAUGAAAAUGAUUCCCAAAUUUUUGAUAAAAAUAAGUGGGAAAGAUAUAUCAGAUUAAAAAACAGACAUGUUAAGAGCAUUCCAGUAUCUAAUACUAAUCUAGUAACUAAUCCUGAAGAAGGAGUGGAUGAAGGUUUAACAGACAUUGCCAAAUGUUACAGUCGUAUUUGUGAGAUUGCAACUCCUAUCACUGUAGUUGGAAUUAGAGAAAACAUUAUAAAUUAUUUAGAGAAAGAACUUGAGAGGCCUUUGCCGAAUCUAAUAGAAAUGUUUGAUAAUGAUAAUUAG